GGCGUGCGAGACUCGGCGGGCGCUGCUGAGUGAGUCGGGCCGCGACUGUGGUCGUUUUUAUACCUUCCCGCGCGGACGCCAGCGCUGCCAACGGAAGGGCGGGUAGGGCGGCGCAUGAUUAGGUUGGCGAAGGUGCGAGGGCGCAGGGGGUGGGGCUGUGGCCUUUGGGGGCGGAGCCUACGCGCCCCUCCUUUCCCGCACGCCCCGCCCGAUCGGCCAGGGCUGGGGGCGCUGCGGGCGCGGCGGGUGCCCAGGAGCUGCUGAGAGUGCUUGUUUCCGCUCCCGCCCAGGACUGUGCGCUCCGCUCGCUGUGGGGUCCGGCGGGCGCGGCCUCGGCGGGCGGCAGCCGCUGCAGACGAGCUGCGGGUUGGUUUUUUGGUCUCCACCUGCAGCCCCCCAAGUCUGCACUGUCACAUUUUGCUAGUCAUAUCCUUUACAAGUUUUCGUGCGGGCUGGGCGCGGGCCUCACGCCUGUAGUCCCAGCGCUUUGGGAGGCCGAGGCAAGAGAUUCGCUUCAGCCCAGGAGUUUGAGACCAGCCGGGGCAACAUGCUCUGAAGACUCAAUUUAGCCAGUCGUCCUGUUCCCCUCCGCCGCAGGCUCUGCUGCCAUGAAGGUGAAGAUUAAGUGCUGGAACGGCGUGGCCACUUGGCUCUGGGUGGCCAAUGAUGAGAACUGUGGCAUCUGCAGGAUGGCAUUUAACGGCUGUUGCCCUGACUGCAAGGUGCCCGGCGAUGACUGCCCGCUGGUGUGGGGCCAGUGCUCCCACUGCUUCCACAUGCACUGCAUCCUCAAGUGGCUGCACGCGCAGCAGGUGCAGCAGCACUGCCCCAUGUGCCGCCAGGAAUGGAAGUUCAAGGAGUGAGGCCCGACCUGGCCCUCGCUGGAGGGGCGUCCUGAGACCCCUUCCUCAUGCUGGCGCCGAUGGCUGCUGGGGACAGUGCCCCUGGGCUGCAACAAGGUGGAAACAAGGGCUGGAGCUGCGUUUGUUUUCCCAUCACUAUGUUGACACUUUUAUCCAAUAAGUAAAAACUCAUUAAACUACUCAAAUCUUG